UGGACGAGUGAACAAGCAUCAUUCAUGGAAGCGCACUUCGAGAAGGUAUUUGAAGCAGAGAAGCAGGCUACACGGGAUGGGAGACCUGCAAGCGACGCCGCGCAUGGACCACGACCGUCAAAACGUGUAAAGCAUGUGGUGAGGCCGGCGGCGGCAGUUGAUGACAAGAUCUCGGCCGCCGACGACGAAGUCAGUGCCGAAUUCACGUUGAACGAGCGCGUGGUCAAGCAGAUGGUGUCGUCGUUGGAGAAAAAGCUGCACAAGAACGAGCUGAUGCGGUCCAAGUACCCCACCGACCCGUCCAAGUUUAUGGACUCUGAGAUCGCAUUACACGAGGAGAUCACACGGAUCAAGGACGUGGCGACGAUCCCGGCACUCUUCCACGUGCUCAUUCAAUCGCAGGCGAUUCCGUUGUUUGUCCAGCUGCUCACACACGAGAACAUGGAUAUUCGCAUGGACUUGAUCGCGUUGCUGGCAGACGUGACCGAUGUCGACGACGGCGGGGAGAUGGAGAUCGCCCAAACCCUAGUCCGAGGCAUCGUCGACUUGAACGGACUGCCGCUUCUCUGCGACACCCUCGUGACAUUGACCUCUGCUGCGAACCCCAUCAACGAACACGAAGACGAUCCAUCCCGCGUCGCCGCCAUCUACAACACGCUGCACAUUGUCGAAAACCUCGCCGAGCUACUUCCCGACUGCUGCAAGGCCAUGGCCACGUCCACGCCCAUGCUCAACGUCCUCCUCCGCCAAAUCCACAAAGCCGCCGACAUGACCGAAAACCGACUCUACUGCAGCGAAAUCCUGUCGAUCGUGCUACAGAGCGCCGACGACGCUACAUGCAUGGCGCUGGUGGCGUCGCCGGGCACCGAGGACCGCCUCGACCUCAUGCUGCAAGUGCUGGCCGCGUACAGAAAGAAGGAUCCGGCGUCGGUAGAAGAAGAAGAGCUCGUCGAGAAUGUCUUCAACGCAUUAUGCAGCGCGCUGCGCGUCCCAGCUGUCCAAGACCGCUUCCGAAGCCUCGAGGGCUUUGAGCUCAUGCUGCGAUGUGUAAAGGAAAACAAAUUCUGCACCACAUCCGCCCUGCGCGUGACAGAUCACGCACUUAUGAACCACACCCGCAACUGCGAACGGUUCAUUCAAAUUGGCGGUCUGAAGCAGCUAUUUCCAGCCUUUAUGGGCAAACUCAAGCGAAAGAAGCGCGAGGAAGGUACCCAAAACGAGCACAUUGUGUCCAUCUUAGCCACGUUAUGUCUGUGGCUACCCGUCGAGUCCUCGCGGGACGCCGUGCUGGACCGUCUCCAUGCCAAGUUUUUGGAAAUGCACUUUGAAAAGACGGAUCGAUUGGUCGAUUUGUUGCUGGCGUACUAUGGACGCGUGCAUGCGCUGCCGAAACCGGAAAAGAAAGGCGGCGAUGAAUAUGACCCACGCGAGUACGAAGAAGCGGUCGAAGGCUACCGGCUGCACCAGCUCGAGGUGGGCUUGUAUCCGUUGCAGCAACUCGCGUUUAUCACGUGUCACUUGGUCCAAGUGCUGCCGUCAUUGCGGACGCAUGUAUCGGACAAACUGCAUGCGUAUGGGUACACUGUGGGCACGGUGCGCCAGCUGGUGGUUGACCAGGUAGUGUCGUUAGCUGCCGAAGAUGAAGAAGAGGGCGAAGAAGAGGGAGGAGACGGUUCUAAGAGUGGACGAGACAAACAAGGGACCACGUCGGGCGGGGGUGGUCGGUCGAUCCAAUUCCAUCGAUUGACGGACCUCGUGGCAGCGUUGGCACACGUAGACCCUGAGAUCAUACCAACUGAGACGGCUGAGUAGCUGAGCUUAGUAGUACUAGUGGGAGUAUGAGGAUACUAUAGUAUGUCGCAACAGAAUUGGUUUGGGUUGGUCUAGUAGAUGCGACGACGUGUAAAUACUUACGUUUU